AUGAGAUUAGGCAAGCCGCGCAAGAAUAGGAACCCAGACGGUAGCAUCAUUCGCGACAUCUCGAGAGCAAGCUCAUGUGGGCCAUUUGGAUCCAGGCCCGAUAUCGCUCCCCGAGUUGCCUCAUACACUGUCGAAAGCUCGCCGGAGCCUUCAACGGACGCGUUCUAUCUUCGCCCCUCAACGCCCAACUUUCAGUUCCAAGACACAUUCGCGAACAAUUUCGGUGGCAACCAGUCUCCUCCGUAUUCAGAAGCCAGCUGGUCGAAUGAGGAGCCAAUGGCAUUCCAGUCUUCCAUGGAUAUGACGAUUUCUGUGCCUCAAUUUGCUCCUCUCUCUCCAUACAAUGGCGCAGGGCAUGCUCGCUCCACAAGCAUGCGGAGUCAGCCAGACUUCCUCGCCCCUGUAGACAACGGCCUGAUAUCACCACCGAUGGCCAGCCCGCUAGUGUUUGGCCUACAAGACCAGCAGAGCCUUCCCAUGUUCGAACCUGAGUCGUUCACCUUAUCUCCACCCUUGAUGGCGGCGCCGCAGCCUAUCGCAGUCGCUCCUGUUUCUGUUCAAAGCCACGACUGCACCAAGUUCGCUUUCCAGAUCCUGAACAGCCUCUAUUCGCCACCCUCGUCUCAGCCUUCGUUUGACGACUUCAAUGGCGCAGCUGACGGUCUCCCCACCCUUGACGCUGUCCUUUCGGCAAACAAAGCUGCAGUGGAAAGCCUCUCGGCUCUCCUUGGCUGCCCAUGUUCGGCGAACCCGCACUUCUCCACCACCAUUGCCUUCUCGAUCACAAAGAUUCUAUCCUGGUAUCAGGCCAUUGCUGGCAUUGCUCAAGACAUUAUCUCACCCAUUAACACCCGUAUGGAGGCAUUCACACACACGCCCAUACUUCUUGGUGACUUCAAGCUCGAAGCUGAGGACGAAGAGACCUUCCGGACCCAGAUUAUCCUCGGCGAAUUGCGAAAAGUCGAGAAGCUCAUCGACGUAUUUUCUGCCUGCUACUGCAAUGCUUCCAAUGAUAGCAUUGAUUCGAGCGUCUACAUGUCUCUAGAGUCACUGCUCCGCACUCGGGUCCGAGACACGUUCAAGGUGACCAUGCGCACAGCGCCCCUUGACGUUAAGCGUCAGGUUGCUUGUCGUACCCAAAACCGUAUGCGUGUCAACACUUUGUAA